GAAGGAGGAGAGCAAUGGGGAAGAGAGGGUGCAGAAGGAAAUCACCAAGGGAACACUGUGCUGAAAACAGAAAAUGAUUCCAAGGCAGAAAGGAGAGAACAACUCAAUGUGGGAGGAAAGCUCCUGGCUGAAUGAGUUAUUGCUAUGGGGGAAACACUGGGCUUACUAACCUGUGGUUCAAAGAUGCUUGUCCCGUCAAUUGUGUUCCCAAAUUGUUAGUUCAGUGUUCAAGAACCAUAAGACUUGAGGGAUUCCUGGCACUUCAGGGAGAGGUGAAAGACAACAUCUGCAAUUUGAAGAACCUGAUCCUGGAACACUGUGCAAGUCUACUGGAAGCCCUCCUGGCCCUUUUGGGCCAGGCCAAAGCCCUACAAGAGCUGGAGGACAAGAUGAACCGAGCUUUGGACCUUGAGGAGCCAGUGACCCCAGGAUCCCUAGGGGGCCCUGGGGACACCAUCCUAGCCAAGCUGCAGGACACUUCAGGGAAACUCAACCGUUUCUGGGCAGGGAGCAUCCUCUACCUGUUGGGAGCCCUCCAGGAGCUGAUUGAGGAGCAACAGCAACUGCUGGCAAUGUCUGUGGAGAAGAAGAUUCUCUCCCAGCAGCUGAAGCUGAUGGAGACUAUCCUGGACCAGAAUUUCCUUCGAGCUGAGGCAGGACCAUUGUCUCUCCAUUCUGAGCUCCUCCAGAACCUUCAGGGAGAGGAGCUGACUGUGACCAAGGCCCUGAUAGGUCUCUGUGGCCUUGACCUACAGGAGGAUGGUCACCUCUUUGGCUGGCAGCCUGAUGCCCUGCCUCCCCUCUGUGCCCUAUAUGCUGCCCUCUCUGUUUUUCAAAUACUCUCUAUAGUGAUGGAGAACCUUUCAGAGAGGCAGGUGGUGUCUCCAGGCACACAUGGAGAGGGGAAGGGGAGCAACCCAGCCCCGAGUUCCUCUGGUUCUCUAGUAACAAACUCUGGCAAGCUCUGCUGGGGCCAUGGUGGGCAUGCUGACACGAAGGGCUAUGUGUGCCCCCUCUGUCCUGUGGGCGUUCUACAUGGCUUAUAGAACCUUUUGACUUAGCUGACCCUUAACUGAAGGCCUUAAUAUCCUGGCCUACCCAGGGAAGAGAUCAGCAAAGUGAAAGUUAGGGCUAACCUUGGGAGGGAUAGAGAAAAUAAAAUGGGGCUCGAGGAGUAAAUCCUCUUCCACUUUGCUUUUCCUCUUCUUUUCUCCCUUUCUACAUUUGCUUCCUGUGAAGGAGGGGAGAUAACAAUAAAAAAUGAAGCAGAAAUCAUCAAAAAGAGAA